AUGGAAACCGCCGGGGAUGCGGCUGGGCCGAAUAGUCCAAACGGGACAUCUGGUCAGAAAAGAACGCGCGCUUAUGGCGAGGAGCUGAAGGGCUUGACACCCGAUCGUGAAAGCGACGCUGGCGAGUCGCCGUCGGCGAAAAGACGCAGAAGAAGCUCGUCUCAACCAGAGCCGGAAAUACCACACGCAGAUGACCUAGAUGAUGGCGAGAUAGUGGAACUGUCCGUCGCUGGUCAAGCUGCACCUCACCCAGAGACUGCUGCAAUUCCAGAGGCAGAGGUACCACAGCAUGAUUCUAAUGGUCAGCCGGAAACAGGUUCGCACAACGAGCCAACACCUGGUGCGAGCUCCGCAGAACAGCAGUCUGCGGACUCUCAUCCAGCUGUAGCCCAGACAACCCCAGAUGCUUCCGGUGCGGAACCAUCCAAGUCCAAGCAGGACAAAGAUAAGUCCCACCCUUCCAGUGGUGGUGGGAACCAAGGCGUAGGUCUAAGCCUACGGACCUCAUUUGCAAAGGCACCGCCCAAGGCGAACCUUUCCAAGAGUGAGGCCAACUCACCAGCCAUUGUCUCCUUCCCGAUGAUGAACAAGGAUUGGAAGAUCAACGCAGCUAGAUUCGAACAGCUGGCCUGCGAUAAUGAGCUGAAUCACGGCGAACGCUUCAGACCGCACUUUUGGAGAAACUGGAUGCGGGACAAUCUUGAGCGCAUUAUCCUCGCAUUCCAGGAAGAGAAUGAAUUCUCCUUGACAUCCGUGAGUAGUUCUGCGAAAAGGGUCAAACUGAUUCGUAAUGCUCUGAAUGCCCUUGUCGGCCCGUCAGGAGGUAUCUUGAUAGGGACCAAGAAGGACAAGGCCUCAGCACGGAGCGCUGCGAAGCCAGUCUUUGAUGAGCUCACUCCUAAGAUGAUCAAACUCGUCAAUGAUUCCUCAAAGCAGCACGAGGUUGUAUCUGGGGAAAGUACAGAGCUUGUCGAAUCUUCCUCAAAACAGCAGUAUACUGUACCUGAGGACAGUACGACGCCCUCAGAACACCAGGUCACGUCCCCUGAUGAUGGCGAAGAUGAAAAGAGCGUUCAUGUGGACGUCUCUGCCACAGAGAUCCCAGCACUUACUGCAGAUGAGCUCGAACAUCGCAAGCUUUAUUUCCCCGGUUCAGAGAACAACCCACUCUUCUGUACACAUUGUGUGAGCACGAAGCACGCAUCCGACAGCUGCCCUCAGCUUCUCUGUCAGUUUUGCGGAAGCGCUGAGCAUACGCGUUACGGAUGCCCCACGAAGCAAAGAUGUACCAAAUGCCAUCAGAUAGGCCAUGCGAACACCACAUGUCAUGAGAAGAUUGCCUUGGCCCGAGAGGAGAGAGAGCCAUGUGCCAUUUGCGGGUCUCCUCAUACUGAGGAUCAGUGUGUUGAGAUUUGGAAAAGUUUCAACCAUACCGAGGUGGAGAUCAAAAAGGUGAAAACAAUCCCAUGCUUCUGCUAUACCUGCGGAAAUGAAGGCCAUUAUGGCCCUGAAUGCGGGCUCGCUACCAAAGGAAGCGACUUGGCCAUUGAUUUGCGCAUCUGGUCCUCAGCUAUCCGCGACCUCUAUGUUGAUCCGGCCAGCCCCAACUCUGCCAUCGCCUGGAUUGGGUCAGAUCCGAGUCAAAUCAAACCGGGUCAGAACUUCAAUAUUCGAGGACAGGCCACGAAGAAGACGCACAUUUAUUAUGUUUCCAGCGACGAUUCUGACGACGGUUUCAUCCAUGAGCCAGUCCAAAAAAGUGGUUCUCGUGGCAACAUCCAAAUCAAUACCAACCUCAGCCGCCCUGGUCCGCCGAAGCGCGGUGGGUUUAGUAGCCUUCGCCGCCAGGACAGUCAGCGUCGGCAGGGACAACGUGAGUUCUCUCCUCCGCCUCCGCCGCCGCCGGCAUACUACCAAGCCAACGGAUCCUGGAACCCACCGCUCCCCUCUGGACCUCCACCUCCCAUGCCGGAAGCUUACACAUUCCAAGGCAACACGGCGUCGCUGCCGCAUCCGCCACCCGGAACUCUACCUCCCCGACCGUCAAAUCAAGGCUCAAGGAAUGCCAGUAGUGGGAGGGGCCAUCGGCCUCGCCGCGGUCGAGGCCGGGGGAAUAGAUAA